UCGAUAGAUGCAUAGAAACAGGGUGUGGAGUCGAUUGAAAAACUGAUUCAUGUUUCAUAUUAUGAGUUGUAACUUUAAAACCACGUUAUUAAUAUCGAUUUAGCCAACUGAUUUGAUAGUAUUAGGUAUAGUUAGAUAUUAGUCAGAAAUAUAACGAUGACAGAAUAUAAAUUAGUCGUCGUUGGAGCUGGAGGCGUUGGCAAGAGUGCUCUCACCAUACAACUCAUACAGAAUCAUUUUGUUGACGAGUAUGACCCUACCAUUGAGGACUCUUACCGCAAACAAGUAGUCAUAGAUGGAGAGACCUGCUUACUAGAUAUUCUUGACACUGCAGGCCAAGAAGAGUACAGUGCCAUGCGAGAUCAGUACAUGCGAACGGGUGAAGGCUUCCUUUUGGUAUUUGCCGUCAACAAUGAAAAAUCCUUUGAAGACAUUAGCACCUACAGGGAACAGAUAAAGAGGGUUAAAGAUGCAGACGUCGUACCCAUGGUUUUGGUGGGCAACAAGUGCGACCUGCCGACCAGGGCUGUGGACAUGCAGCAGGCUCGAGAAGUGGCUAAAAGCUACGACAUUCCCUUCAUAGAAACCUCCGCCAAAACUAGGAUGGGUGUUGACGACGCCUUCUACACAUUAAUCAGAGAAAUCCGAAAAGAUGUGAGUGCCAAAAAGCGCGACCGCAAAGGCCGGGAGAAGCACGGUCAAAAAGGACGUCGGCGUAUAUUGAAUAACUGUGUUCUAUUCUAAUGUAACUGGCCUUGCUCUUCAUCUCUUCUAUUAUAUUGUCCAGAGUCCUUUGUUUAUCGUUCAUUCAAUACCACGUCUUCGUAUGCUGUCCUUUCUGAACACUUUUCUACCCUCAAACACUUUUAUACCUUUUCUCUAUGUACCCAGCAAAUGUCAAGCACCUCUUCGCACACAUCUCGUCUGCUCAUCUCCUUUCAUUCCAUCAAAUUAUCAGUUCUAUUUAUUGGUCGUCUAAUGGAUUAGUCAGCAUAUUUCUUCUUAUCAACUCUUUAGUGAUCAUUACCCUCAUUUGGUUGACGAAGUUUACCAUCAUAAUUCCAUUCAUACUCCUUCUUUUCUCUUCGUUUUACUCCUGCAAAUUCCAUAACCCACACAACUGAGCCGCAGCGCUCAUAUCAAAUGAGGCAUCGCACAGCACUGAUGCUGCCACAACUGCACUGGCAGUGUUGCAGUUCCAUCAACUCUGCCACCUCAACUGUAAUGCCAAUGUUGUAGUUCCAUCGAUAUUGUUGCUCCUGUGUCGAUACCAUAACUACCGCAGCACUCAUCACCACCGCCACCACCACUAGUGCUGCUGCAGUGUUGGUACCAUAACUACUACAAUGUGGUGAUCAAUCAAGUGCACUGUGCUACAGUGCUACAUCAGUGCAAUGCCGUCAUGCAUGCAGUUCAUCGCUCUCUGGUCGUGCGCAUCUUCAGCCGCCAGGUUAUUCUAACCUCGUUACAUACUGUGUAGCAUUUAGCCUUAUUUCUCAGUGUAAUUUUUUACCAAUUGAAAAUUAGUUCUAAGCUAAUUUGUGUUUUUCUCAGUUAUACGCAAGACUUUUUCAUUCAAUAACGAGCUAUUCACCAGAAUUCUGUGCUCUGGUGGAAAUGGAGAAAUCUAUUGGGAAAAAAUUCAAUAACUAAUCGUGCAUACUUUUAGAAUUAAUUUUGUAUUCAUUGUCUUGUCUAAGUGAAUCGAUUGCGUUGUGCAUUUUUUAUUGCCAUUAAAUUGGCUCUCGGAGAUAUCAGCUCCGCAAAGUUUUGUCAAAAUUUUAGCGAUAGUUUUUUAUAUAAUGCACCGAUGGUGUGCAAUCUUUUUGGAAAUAUUUAGUUUCAUGCGCAGGAAUCACUCCAAGACACCACGCGCAUCUAUCUUAACAUUUUAUGCUCUCGGAGACGCAGCGAUUUGCGUAACGCUGUGGAAAGAUGAUAAAGAAAGCCGUUCUUGAAGGUAUCUGUGGUGCUUGUGAUCAUUCGAAAUUAUGUUCAACGUUGUGGAGGUGCUGAAGGGCCUUUGAGCUCUUCUCGUUAUUGUGUUACGAUGACGCUACAGAAAAUGGGUACGAUUAUAUCUUUCUUUCAAAUAACAUUGAAACCGCGUGUGUUUCCGGUUCGUUAUGACAGCAGUCCGUUGUACAUGACAAAGUAACAUUACAGUUGCCUUGAUUUGUGUGAUCGUAUUAUUUGGAAGUGUAUUAUAAAAGACCAGAGUGCACACAGCGUGACUAUUAUCUGGCCUCCGUAGGUCCAAGGAUUGUUGAUUGAUAGAAUGACGACACAGAAAAUGAAGUGGCCGUUUCAGUGUAAUAGGGAUCAAAGUGUGCAGUGAAAUUUGGCUGGUAGCUGGUUAACUAGUUUUAGAGUUGGAGGAUUAUUCUAUGGAGCAAUGCAUUGAAUAAAUCGGCUUCAAGUUAGGCUAGGAAUGUUCUCUUACAAUGCCUGACUUUAAAAAUCUAAAUGGCACAGUUCGACGAUUUUUGCUCACUUUCAUUUAUUUGUUUGUAAAUAUCUUAGGAAUUCUCAAGGUUUCACUGUAGAAUGUCAAAAUAUCGAGUCUUUUGUAGCAGAUGUACUCGCAGCUGGAUUGAAUUUUUAGCAAAUAUAUUUCAAAUUAAUCGUUUCCCGAUGCCGUGCGCCUUGCACAAGGGAUGAGACGUGUUGAAAGUUCCCAAGGUACACAAAAAAUACUGCCUUACUGAUUUAAUGACCGGUUAUGAUGUGAAUGAUUUGUGUUCAGCGUGGUGUCGAGCGGGCAGCAAGGCUUGCUAUUUUACAACUUUUAUUGGCAAUAUUAUUGAAUUUGUUCUUAUUAGUUUAAGGAAAUUGAUUCUCAAAUCGUUUUCAAUAUCUUAUUGAUGCAUCACUUUUUUUAGUGAGUUUUUUCAACUUUUAAAAUGUGUCUUUUGCUGAUAGAUCGUUUCACUACUCUUGUGGCCACACUUGGUGAGGAAAAUUACUCCUUAACUCCUUAACUUGACAGUUUCCACAACUGAAUUUAAACGUUGUGACAGCGACCUGCUUGUGCUGAGCAGAAACUCCUGCAAAAUAAAACGUGGGGUUCAUCUCGUGCACAAUUGUUAAUUAGGCGCACAAUUUCCUCGAUAAUUUUGUUUUUGGAAAGUAUCGGUAAGAUGACAAUCGUGAUCUGAGAGAUGUAAACUGUUGGGUAACAUGCGCCUGUAGCGGCGUUCCAGCUCGAAAUGGUAAUGUUCGUGUAAAAUUUUCUGUUUCACUAUACAGUAAAAAAGGUAUUUUUUGAUGCACUUGUAAGUUGAUAUUCCAGAACUGCAUCUUUCCAAAUGAAAAUUACCACAAAGUCUACAAGAGAAAUUUUUAACUGGCAAACGCAUGGUUAUCCUAUUUACACAUGGUAGUUUUACCUGCUCAGUAACAUUCACCUGCAGUCGCAAAAAGAGUAUUUUUCGCUCAAACGUUUGAAUUUUGAUUAUAAAAUAGGUGAAGCUCGUUGUGUUCAAGCUUAUCGUUGUGCUUACUUGUGUCCGGUGUUCUGUUUUUAAGAACUUUAAUUGAGGUAUUUAUGCCGAGUUGGGCUGGAACGAAAACUGUGCAUGAACCGACGUGAAGCUGCCUAAUCAUAUCGAAAUGGGGUAGAGGUGCAUGGGUAGUGUGUCGCAGCUGUGAGUCAUACUGUGAUAGGUGACGUACGUUCUCAGCUACUUAAAUGCUCAUUUUGUGUGCUAAACUCUGAAUCCAAUGACGUGACCCGUUUUAUUUUCUGGUGAGGACUGUAUCUUUACGUUUCUGUUCAUAGGGAUACUUUGUAAGUAAUAACAUUAAAGCUUAUGUGUCC